GUGGUGAUGACGUAGGCAUCGUGUAAACCACAGGAUCGUGAUGAUUAUGAUUACCAUUUGAUUGGCAGAACUUGCUCAUAAUUCACAGCAAGCUCCUGGACGACGCAUUAUAAAAUGGCAAUAUCUAUGAUGACAAUAUUUGUGCUGUUAGUUGUCUUAAUAGAUUUUAUGAACGCCCAAAUUACGCAACCUGAUCCUUGGCUAAAAAGGCACACGGGUAAAUCUGCUCUAAUCAAAUGCACUGUGGACCAAUCGACCAGUCUUCAGACCAAUGCUCUUCACGUAUACAGAGCUAAACAAGGAGAAACUUUCCAACGAGUCAUGCUUUUUGAAUCAGGAUCCAAAAAGGGUGUAAACGAUGCCGGUUUCCCCCGUAGAUUUAGUGGAUCAGUAAGUCGUCAGCUAAUGACCCUCACUAUCUCAGCACUGACGCUGGACGAUGCGGCGGUAUACUAUUGUGCGCUCUGGAGCGGAGACACAGUGCAAACUGUAGAUGAAAAUCCUUACAAAAACCUGUUUUCAAUUAAUCAUCCAAGGGUUUUUGAUAGCAGCAUCCCCUCAAGACAAAAGACAGUCUCUGCCACCAUGAAUGUUCUACUGAAGUUAUCCUUCUCACUGCUCGCUUAUCAUUUGUGUAGUGUUGAUGGAGUGGAGAAACUGCAACAGAAGAUCUCAGUGACCAAAUCGGUGGAAAAGUUGGCCAUUAUAGACUGCCAUUACCUCUCAGACUGCUGGAGCUACAUCCACUGGUAUCAGCAAAAAGAGGGGGAAACUUUAAAAAGAAUUCUGUACUCAAAACUCAGUGAUGGAACAACACACAAUGAUGCUGGUUUUGAGUCCUAUAAAUCAGAAAAGAAAGAAUCAAAUCAUUUUGUUUUGAGGAUAACCAAUCUGAAAAAAGAACAUUCAGCAGUAUAUUAUUGUGCAUGCUGGAGCUCAGUCAACACAGUAUAUAUAUAUUGGAUCAAAAAAUUUGGAUCGGGAACACGGCUAAUAGUAACUGAUAAAGGCAAAGACAUUACCGUGCCACCAAAAGUAUCAGUGUACCCAGUGUCCUCGGAAAAAAAUGGCAAAAGCGCAAUGUUAUGUCAAGCCAGAGGCAUGUUUCCUGACUUGGUGGAAUUUCUGUGGGAAAAACAGAGCAGACAGAUGACAGAAAAUUGGACUGCAGUGUCACCGGAUAAUGUUGUGGAGCAGAGAAAUACACUGCCACAGAUUGCCGUGACAAGUAUGGUGAUCGAAGAUACAAAAACAGCCCAAAACAACAUUUACCGAUGCUCUGUUACACAUGAGGGGAACAAAGAUAAACGUCAAAAAUAUGAAUUAAAAAAAGAUGAAAAAGAGCCAGAAGGGACAACCCAGGCUGCAACUCAGAUCCUGGCAACAUGUCCACCCAGCACAGAGAACAAAGAAAAGAAGAUAUCAGAUUCUUUGGGUCAAACACCCAGUCUGUCCCUGUUUGUCUAUGCGUAUGGUGUAAUGCUCAUGAAGAAUGGAGUUUAUUUUUGUGCUGUCUUUAUCUUUCUUUUGAAAAGAAAAGCUGUAAAGAAAGACGAAAGCUCUUAGGGGCUAAAUGAUCAACAUGAAGCAAACAUCAGGUUUAUCAUAUAUAGUAGAUGCACAUUUGACAAUAAUCUCUCUCUUUAUUAGAAAUAUAUUCUCAAAUGUAUUGCUUGCAAAUGUUUUUGUUUUAGAUCUGCUUUAUUAAUGCUUCUAAAAAAUAAAUUGAUCACUAAUAUUUUGGCUGUUCAUUUAAAAGCUUAGAAACAGAAAUGCACAACUGUCUUCUUUCUGCUUUAAAUUAUA